AUGAGAGAGAAGGAGCGAAAUAUGAAAAGAGCAACAGAAAAACAGUGUCAUCAAAAUGAGGAAGUCAAUGAAAAUCACUUAAAGAAAAUGAAAAGCGACCCGUAUUCCGAGCAAGUCCAACAAAACUACAAAUCCGUAAUAAACGCCUCGCAAUCCUACCGAAACAUCACCUACCAACACUUGAAUUUCACGGACUUUAAUACCUCCGUCUUCCAACUGAUCCCAAAAAGCGAAUGGGGACCUAAACGCGAUCCGUUGUACAUAAUCAUACCCAUAAGCGUCAUAUACGUGAUCACCUUCAUCCUUGGCGUCCUGGGAAACGUCAGCACAUGCGUCGUCAUCGCACGGAACAAAUCCAUGCACACUGCCACCAACUACUACCUGUUCAGUCUAGCGAUAUCAGAUUUGUUGUUGCUAACUUCAGGGCUACCGCCAGAGAUAUACUCCAUCUGGUACAAGUACCCGUACAUUUUCGGAGAGACUUUUUGUGUGCUUCAAGGCUUUGCCGCUGAGACUUCCGCUAAUGCAACCGUGUUGACUAUCACAGCUUUCACUGUGGAACGUUACGUUGCCAUAUGCCAUCCAUUUCUAUCCCAUACUUUAUCCAAGCUUAACAGGGCCAUAAAGUUCAUCAUCGCCAUAUGGCUUAUAGCUAUGUGUCUGGCUGUGCCGCAAGCCAUGGCCUUCGGAGUGGUUUGUAGACGCGCUAGGGGCAUCAUCAUAGAAGAUCAAUGCGUCUGUGUCCUUAAAAGAUCGGUGAUCCCUCACGCUUUCGAAAUAUCUACUGUUGUAUUUUUCGUAGCUCCCAUGACUUUGAUCACGGUGCUGUACGUACUCAUAGGGCUACAGCUGCAUAGGUCGACGGUGGGGCCGUCUAGGGGGAACAGCGUGAAAAUGAAACACCGUGUUUACAAACCGAUGUCUAAUUGCGUGAAUCAGUCGCCCCAGACUGUGGUGAUGUUGAAUGGGGAUCAGGAAAAUUUGCAGAAGGUCAAACAGGAUGAGGAAGAGGGUAGGAAGAACUUCGCGAAGAACGCACAGGCUACCAGACACGUUGUGAAGAUGUUAGUUGCUGUAGUGGUGGCGUUUUUCAUCUGUUGGGCGCCAUUCCACGCUCAACGCCUACUAGCCAUCUACGGUAAUUCGUCCUCGGCGACUAUCGUCAAGGCCUUUCAGAUUCUGACGUACGUGAGCGGCGUCUUCUAUUAUCUCUCUACGACAGUGAACCCCCUGUUGUACCACAUAAUGUCGAACAAGUUCAGAGAGGCUUUCAAG